CCUUCACGUUAAAUUUAAUGUUUCGAAUUAAGCAAUAUUUUUCAUUUGCAAAUUGUAAAUUUGCAUAAAUAAAAUUUAUAUUUUCAUAAAAAAAAAAAAAAUUAAUCAUCAAGAAAUGCCAAAAAAAAUGUCACAAAUGAUAGAUUUUAUUAUUGUUUUUCGACAUGAAUUUAUAAGUGAAAAUAAUUUAAAAUUACUCCAAUAGAAAAAGAUAAAUAAAAAAAAAAAAAAAAAAAGCUAAAUAUUAAUCGGUGUCAUCAAACAAGUGGUUGAAUUAUUGACAAUAAAUUAUUGCUUAAAAAAAAAAAAAAAAAAUAGCACGAUAUGGUGGUGGCUGUUUUUGUUAGCCAACGAAUGCUGCCAUGGUUGAAAAAUGUGAUCCAGUGAAUUGGAUUCGGUCACCAUCACCAACUCAUCAAAAAACAAAAAAUAAAAAUAUCAUAAAAAUAAUUAAUAAAAUACUUGUAACAAUAAUCAUUAUUACAAUGUUGAAUGAACAAGUUACAGCUGUUCCCCGUUAUGCAUCACGAAUUGUUGAGACAAAAAGUGGCCAAAUACGUGGAAUUCUUCAGGAAUUAAAUGGAAGAUUGGAUCCAGUUGAGGUAUUUCGUGGUAUACCUUAUGCAUCACCACCAAUUGGAGAUUUACGUUUACGACCACCAAUUGAUCCAGUACCUUGGUCAGGUGUUAAACUUGCUGAUACAUUUGGUCCAGUUUGUCCACAAAAAUUACCAGAUAUUAAUAAUCGUACAAUUGCACUAUUAGAAAUGCCACUUGGUAGAUAUUUACAUUUACAAAAAAUCAUAAAUUAUCUUGGUAAUCAAAGUGAAGAUUGUCUUACAUUAAAUAUAUAUAUUCCUGGAAGUGGAUCACGAGGACUUGAAGCACCAUAUGCAGUUAUUGUUUAUAUUCAUGGUGAAAGUUUCGAAUGGGGAAGUGGUAAUAUUUAUGAUGGAUCUGUUCUUGCAAGUGCUGGUCAUGUUGUUGUAUUAACACUAAAUUAUCGAUUAGGAAUUUUAGGUUUUUUAAGAACACGACCAGUUGCUGAUGGUGACAAUGUAUCUGGUGGUAAUUUAGCAUUAAAAGAUAUAACAAUGACACUACAAUGGAUUAAAGAAAAUAUAAGAGCAUUUGGUGGUGAUCCAAAUAGAGUUACAUUAAUGGGACAUGAUACUGGUGCUGCAUUAGUUAAUCUAGUAUUACUAGCACCAUAUGCAAAAGGUUUAAUACAUCGUGUUAUACUACUAAGUGGUUCAGCAUUAAGUCCAUGGGCAUCAGUACAUGAUCCAAAUAAUUUACGUAAAAGUGUUGGCCAACAACUUGGUUGUUUAAUUGAUGAUAAUAAUGAUAAUGAUGACAAUGAUAUUGGUGAUUGUUUACGUCUUUUACCAUUAGAGAUAUUACUUAAUGUUGAUUUACCAGAAAUAAAAUUUAUGCCAAGAAUUGGUCCAUCAUUACCAGUUGAUGAAAAUAAUCCAGAUCCUGGUAUGGAUAUGGAACGUGCUAGUGAUGAAUUUAUAAAGGUACCAUUGAUGAUUGGUGUAUCAACAGCUGAAGCAUGUUUUGAUUUUAGUGAAAAUGAUAUACAAAAUGGUUUUGAAGAAGAUCAACGUAAUCGUAUAUUACGUACAUAUAUUAGAAAUUCAUAUUAUUAUCAUCUUAAUGAAAUAUUUUCAGCUGUACGUAAUGAAUAUACUGAUUGGGAAAAACCAAUUUUACAUCCAAUUAAUAUUAGAGAAUCAACAAUGGAAGCAUUAAGUGAUGGUCAUACUGUUGCACCACUUAUUAGAAUUGCAUAUUAUCAUGCUAGACGUGGUGCUGAUACUUAUUUUUUUCAUUUUAAUUAUCAAACGAAGGAUAGUAUUUAUCCACAGAGACUUGGAAGUGUUCGUGGUGAAGAUAUACCAUAUGUAUUUGGAUUACCAUUGACAUCUGGAGGUCAAUUUUUUCCUUUUAAUUAUACACGUCAAGAUCAGGGUGUUGCUGAAGCAUUGAUAACAUUUUUUACAAAUUUUGCUAAAACUGGAAAUCCAAAUGAACCACAUAAUAUUGAAUCAGUUGAUUAUGGUACAGUUAAAGAAAAAACACGCUUUAGAGGUAUCAAUUGGGAUCAAUAUGAGACUGGUUCACAAUCAUAUUUAACAAUAGCACUUAAACCAAGAAUUAAAAGUCAUUAUCGUGGUCAUAAAAUAGCUGUAUGGUUAAAUUUAAUUCCUCAACUUCAUCAACCAGGUGAUGAAGAUGUAUCAAUGCGUCAUCAUCAUUUUCGUGAACGUGGUGAUCAUUUAUAUGCUGGAUCAAUACGUGAUGAAUGGCAUACACCAGUACCAUUAAUUGCAAUAACACACUCAACAUCAUUAUCAACAUCAUGUACAACAUUAUACAAUGAUGAUAAUAAUCCAACUGAAGAUAUAACAUCAAUAUUAAAUAACAGUGAGGAUAAAGUUGAAUUAUUACAACGUUUAGCAUCACGUCAUUAUUAUAGUACAACAACAGCAUUAGCAAUAACAGUUGGUGUUGGUUGUAUUCUUCUUGUUUUAAAUAUGUUAAUAUUUGCUGGUAUUUAUUAUCAACGUAUACGUGAUAAAAAAAGAUUUAAUCAUAAUUGUACAAUUAAUAAUCAAGAACCAAUACCAUUAACAACAUUACGUUCAUCAAUUAUAAAUGAUUCAUCAAGUCAAGAACCACCACCGUGUUAUACAACACUAUCAAGAACACCAUCAUCAAUUAUCAUACAAAAUUUACAGUGUAAUGAUACAAUGGAUAAUUUAAAUUCACAAAAUAUUAUCAAUAAUGAUAAUGAAAAAAUAAAUACAUUACAAAAAGACAAUAAACCACCAAAACCACCAGUAAGAACAACAAGUUCAUUGACAACAUCAACUGGUACAACUGGUGGUAUUAUUAAAAAACGUAUUCAGAUGGAAGAAAUUGAUGUAUAACAUUAGGCAAUGCCCCUCGGGGCAAAUCGCAUGACUUGCACCAUAAAUAAUACAAAACACGUUACAUUUCUUCAAGUUGAUGAUGAUGAUCAAGAUAAUAAAAUUGAAGAAACGUCUUUUAAUAAGUAACUACGUGAAUUUUCAUAAUUAAAUAAUGAUUAUAAAUAUUAAAAAGAUACUAUUAAAGAUAAAUAGUUAUCCUGUGACUGAUAAUUGAAUUAUAAAUUUAUAAAUUCAGUAUUGAAUUAUUGCACAAAUUUGAAAUAAUUAAUUCACUAUUUAUCAACCAACUAACAAACUUAUUUUUCCACUGAUUUUUUCGCCGAAUUUAAAUCGUCAUUAUUAUUAUCAUUAAAUUAUCUAGUUAAAUAAAAUAAUAGUGCACAAUAAAAUAAGAAAAUAAGUAAAUAAUUUGAUGAUUAAAUUAUCAAGUAGAUAAUUAGUAUUUAAAAAAAUCUUGUAAAUAUCUAAAAUUCUAUACGUAAUUAUUUGAUAACUUUUAAAAUAACAAAUUUAUUGUUUCUUUGUGAUACUAAAAUGCAUGAUUGAUAUUAUUUUAUAGAAAUAAUAUUCAUCAAUUCAUUAACUAGUCAUUUUAAAUUAAAAAAAAAAAAAAUGUAAUUACUGUAGUUUAUGAUAAAUUAAAUUUGUGAUUCACCAGUUUAUAUAAAAAAAAAAAAAAAUCAUCACAAUAUAUUAGAAAUAAUAAAAAUAACAUUUAUCAUU